AUGCCUCCAAGGUCCUCGUCCUCUGCAGCAUUGUGUCACAGUCUCACUCGCAGCUUAACUCGUCCUUAUCCUGAUUUGCUGUUACGCACGAUCGUGACAAGCCCUCGUCCCGUCCGAUCCAAAUCGUCUCCGAAAUCCCCCGUUCAUUGGCGCUCCUUCUCCCACUCCGCCCCUACCUUCACCACGAUCAUGACUCAGAUCGAACGCAUUACAGAGAACCUUCAGAAGCCGGAGCUGGAUGAUCGUUCGUACAGAGUGAUUCGUCUGCCGAACAAGCUGGAAGCACUUCUAGUCCACGACCCCGAUACCGAUAAAGCAAGUGCCGCCGUCAAUGUCAACGUGGGCAACUUCUCCGAUGAGGAUGAUAUGCCAGGAAUGGCUCAUGCCGUAGAGCAUCUGUUGUUCAUGGGCACCAAAAAGUACCCCAAGGAAAAUGCAUACAACCAGUACCUAGCAUCCCACUCCGGCUCCUCCAAUGCGUACACAGCGGCCACCGAAACGAACUACUUUUUUGAGGUCGCCGCCACAGGCGACUCCAGCGCCCCGAAGUCCAGUGGAGAUAGCACCCCCGCCGAGGCAACAAAUGGUAGCACUGGUGUUCUGUCAAACGGAAACGGAUCGGAGGGCAAGUCACCGCUGUAUGGUGCCUUGGAUCGAUUUGCCCAGUUUUUCGUCUCCCCGCUGUUCCUAGAGUCUACCCUAGAGCGUGAGUUGCAAGCGGUGGAUUCGGAGAAUAAAAAGAACCUUCAGAGUGACCUGUGGCGGUUGAUGCAACUGAACAAGUCUCUCUCGAACCCUAAACAUCCCUACAGUCACUUCUCGACUGGUAAUCUGCAGACUUUGAAGGAAGAUCCGCAGAAGCGUGGUCUGGAAGUCCGCAGUGAGUUCAUUCGUUUCUACGAGAAGCACUACUCAGCCAACCGUGCGAAGCUUGUCGUUCUAGGCCGCGAGUCUCUGGACACGCUGGAGCAGUGGGUCUCUGAGCUUUUCUCCGAUGUUGAGAACAAGAACCUUGCCCAGAACCGCUGGGAUGACGUCCAGCCAUUCACCGAGAAGGACAUGUGCACCCAGGUGUUCGUGAAGCCCGUGAUGGACACUCGCUCCAUGGAUCUGUACUUCCCCUUCCUCGACGAGGAGGAUAUGCAUGACACCCAGCCCAGCCGGUACAUCAGCCACUUGAUUGGCCACGAGGGCCCAGGUAGUGUCCUCUCUUACCUCAAGGCCAAGGGCUGGGCCAAUGGUCUCUCUGCGGGCGCCAUGCCCAUCUGCGCCGGAGCGGCGUUCUUCACCGUCUCCGUGCGCCUGACCCCCGAGGGUCUGAAAAAGUACCAGGAAGUUGCUAAUGUAGUUUUCGAGUACAUCGCGAUGAUCCAGCAGCGUGAGCCCGAGCAAUGGAUCUUCGAUGAAAUGAAGAACCUUGCCGAGGUUGACUUCCGUUUCAAGCAGAAGACCCCAGCCAGCCGGUUCACCAGCCGCUUGAGCAGUGUGAUGCAGAAGUCAUUGCCCAGCGAAUGGCUGCUGAGCGGAUCUCUGCUGCGACGCUUCGAUCCCGAUCUGAUCAAGAAGGCUCUCAGCUACCUCCGGGCGGACAACUUCCGCCUUGUUAUUGUGUCUCAGGAAUUCCCAGGUACCUGGGAUCAGAAGGAGAAGUGGUAUGGCACUGAGUACAAGGUUGAGAAGAUCCCUCAACAAUUCCUGGGCAGUCUUCAGAAGGCUUUGGAGUCCACUGAAGCUUCCCGUACUUCCAACGUGCACAUGCCACACCGCAACGAGUUCGUGCCCACCCGACUUUCUGUGGAAAAGAAGGAAGUCGCCGAGCCAACCAAAACCCCUAAGUUGAUCCGCCAUGACGACCGUGUGCGUCUGUGGUUCAAGAAGGAUGAUCGCUUCUGGGUACCUAAGGCCACCCUCGAGGUUACACUCCGUAACCCCCUGGUCUGGGCCACCCCUAACAACCUCAUCAAGACCAAGCUCUACAGCGAGCUCGUGAGAGACUCUUUGGAUGAGUAUUCCUAUGAUGCUGAGCUUGCUGGGCUAGACUACCAUCUCUCGGCUAACAUUUUGGGCCUGGAUAUCUCCGUCAGUGGAUAUAAUGACAAGAUGUCGGUUCUCUUGGACAAGGUUCUCAACACCAUGCGAGGACUCCAGGUCAACCAGGACCGCUUCAACAUCAUCAAAGAGCGUCUGACGCGGGCCUUCCGCAACGCCGAGUACCAGCAGCCUUACUACCAGGUCGGCGACUACACUCGAUACCUCCUUGCCGAACGCAGCUGGGUCAACGAGCAGUACCUCGAGGAACUGGAGCACGUCGAAUGCGAGGAUGUGGUCAACUUCUUCCCCCAGUUGAUUGAACAAACUCACAUCGAAGUUUUGGCUCAUGGAAAUCUGUACAAGGAGGAUGCCCUGCGUAUGACAGAUUCCAUCGAGAAGAUCCUGGAAGGACGCCCUCUUCCUCCGUCGCAGUGGUACCUCCGCCGCAACAUGACUCUGCCUCCUGGCACCAACUACACAUACCCCCGUGAUCUCAAGGAUCCCGCCAACGUCAACCACUGUAUCGAGUACUACCUGUACAUCGGUCUUUUCUCCGAUGCCGAUCUGCGCUCGAAGCUCCAACUGUUUGCCCAGAUGACCGAUGAACCCGCAUUCGACCAGCUGCGCAGCAAGGAGCAACUCGGCUACGUCGUGUGGAGUGGCGCACGCUACAACGCCACCACCCUGGGCUACCGUGUCAUCAUCCAGAGUGAGCGCACCGCCCAGUACCUCGAGUCUCGCAUCGAGUCCUUCCUCCGCGAGUUCGGUCCCAUCCUCGAGAACAUGUCCGAUGAAGACUUCGAGGGCCACAAGCGCAGUGUCGUGAACAAGCGUCUGGAGAAACUCAAGAACCUCAGCUCCGAGACCGGUCGUUACUGGUCGCACGUCGGCUCCGAGUACUUCGAUUUCCUGCAACACGAGACCGAUGCCGCCAACGUGCGCACUCUCUCCAAGUCCGACCUCGUCGCUUUCUACCGUCAAUAUAUCGAUCCCUCCUCCGCCACGCGCGCCAAGCUCGCCAUCCACCUGAACGCCCAGUCUGGCGAUUACGUCAAUGCUAAGCCGGCUGAGCAGCGUAGCCGUCUUGUCGCCGCGCUCCGCAAACAGUUGGAAACCGCCGGUGUCUCGGUCGAGGCCACCCGCUUUGCAUCCGCGUUCGAUGAGGUUGAGACCAAGGUCGUCGACAAGUCCCAGGUUCUCUUUGUCGUGAAGAGCUUCCUCGCCACUGACCAGCAACUGCCCCAGCAGGAGAUCGAGACUGUCCUCGGGAAACUCGACCAGACUGUCAGCUCUCAGCUGAAGGAGCUGGGCCUUGGCUCUAAUGCCGAUGGACAGGAUGCUGCCAACGGAAGUGGUGUCUCGAAGGCGGUCUUCAUCACCGAUGUUCCUACUUUCAAGGCUAGCUUGCCUGUCAGCACUGGUCCCAUUCCUGUUACUGAUCUGUCUGUGUAUGAGGACUUUGAUGCUAAGCUUUAA